AUGAUUUUUAAUGUGACUAAACGUUGUUACUUUAAUCUGUCAAAUUUACAGGAAGUGGUGUCGCUUGAAUCCAGAUCAGAUUGCUCUACGUCGUCAGAUUCUACCGUGGCUUCUCAUAUUCAAGCUCGGCAACGCCAACAAGAACAUCCAAACGUGUCGGAUGCACAGAAUUUGAGUGACGUCAGUCGUAGUAAUUCAUCGACACUCAACAUAGCAUCGUGUUAUGGACUCUCAGAAAAGACGAUAGAUCAGGAAAUGAAAAUUGCAUACCCCAUGAGAAUCACGUGUUCCUGGGUCAAUUACAAAGAAUUGAAAUUUGAGUUUGCCGGAAAAAGAAAUGACGACAAAGAAUCAGUUGCAAUAACAGCUUUCGAGGCUGUUAUGAAGCAUAUGUCGUUGAAAGAAAAGAAAGUGGACAGGAUGAUUUUGUUGCAAUUUGAAACACUCGUUCGAAUGAGAGGAAAUAGUGGAGGAGUCGCUGCUGCAAUAGCGAUUGAAGCAGCAAUUCUUGGAAUACGUAUACCAAAUUCUAUUGCGGUGACUGGCGCAAUAAAUGAAGAGGGCGAAGUGCUCCCUGUGAGUGAUAUUGUCGACAUGGUCACGCAUUGCUUCGAUGAGAACAUUGAAUCCGUGAUUGUACCGCUUUCUAACGACUCUGAAAUUCCGGAGCAACUAAAACUCAGAGUUGAAGUCCACCCAGUGAAAGAUCUGUCAGAAGCAAUGAAAAUCAUCAGAGACUGUGCUCAAAAGACAGGUGCAACUGCAAACAAUAAAACAUGA